GCAUCGAAGUGCAUGUACCUAAUUCGCCUGUGUAUUAGCAGCCAACGGCCAUCAGAACAGUCAGUUUUUCAUACCUUCACUUGGCCGUGGAAAAGUGCGUCGUGCGCAUCGUUUCUAAUUGAAAAUUGAAUUUCUGUGAUUUGAUUAUAUUGAUAGAAAGAUCGUCAUGGGUCACCAGGAACCAAAAGUGUACAUUUCGGACAAACUGCCGGAUUCGCUGCGCAAAUCGAUGCAACUCUUCCAGGCUAAGAACGAGCUGCCAGUUUUCCUGAAAGGGGGUCCAGCGGACAAAGUACUGUACUUGACCACCGUGGCUCUGUGCGGUGUCGGAAUUCUGGGUAUCGUUCGCGUCAUCUACACGAUGGGCUUUGCCAAGAAGAAGGCCGACUAAACCGUGGUAUGUGAUAUCUUGUUAAUAAACAGUGCAAUUGAGUAAUAAAAACGUGAAUAUUCGUUGCGAAAUAAAUAUUUAAAAUCAAA